ACUCUACACACUUUUUUCUUUACAAUUCUGAUCUGUUUUUGAAUCAAUUUUUAGUUUCGAGCUUCUUGAAACUUCCUAAACAAUAGUGUAUAUAUUUGACAAUGUCGGAACCACAAAAAACACUUCCCUUCAUCUAUCAGUUUGCAUCUGGUGCCAUUGCUGGUGUGUCUGAAAUCUUAGUCAUGUACCCAUUGGACGUGGUUAAGACCAGACAGCAAUUAGACUCAACCAAUGCUUACAAUGGUACUAUCAGGUGUAUCAAGAAAAUUGUCUCUGAAGAAGGCUUUUCACGUUUGUAUAAAGGUAUCCUGGCCCCAAUUCUUAUGGAGGCUCCAAAGAGAGCUACCAAGUUUGCGGCCAAUGACGAAUGGGGAAAGUUCUACAGAAACCUCUUUGGUGUUUCCACCAUGUCUCAAUCACUUGCAAUUCUUACUGGUGCCACUGCCGGUGCCACCGAAUCCUUUGUGGUUGUUCCAUUCGAAUUGAUCAAGAUCAAAUUGCAGGACAAGGCUUCUAAGUUCAAUGGUAUGACUGAAGUUGCCAAGGACAUUGUCAAAAAGAACGGUGUCCUUGGUCUUUACAAAGGUUUGGAAUCGACCUUGUGGAGACACGUAACAUGGAAUGCGGGUUAUUUCGGAUGUAUUCAUCAAGUGAGAGGUCUUAUGCCAAAACCAAAAACUUCUACUGAAAAGACUCUUGUUGAUUUAACUUGUGGUUCCAUUGGUGGUACUUUUGGUACUAUCUUAAAUACUCCUUUCGAUGUGGUCAAGUCCAGAAUUCAAGCUGGUUCUACUAGAUAUAUUUGGACUGUUCCUUCCUUAUUGACUGUUGCAAAGGAAGAAGGAUUUGGAGCAUUAUAUAAGGGUUUCAUUCCAAAGGUGUUGAGAUUGGGACCAGGUGGUGGUAUUUUAUUAGUUGUAUUUACAACUUGUAUGGAUUUUUUCAGAACUAUUCAUGAGAAGAAGUAAGGGAGAAUAAAGUGUAUAGAUAAGAUUGUAGAAUAUUUAA